CUCUCUCCAGGUUCAGAUUCAGAGAGCAGUGGAGUGGUGUGUGGUGGUAGCAGUGGGAUGCGAGGGGUCCUUUCCAGAUACUGGAGUCUUGAAAGUCUUCAUUCCACUUCAGCAGUUAUAAUUGCUGAUGGAUCACUAGAGAAAACCAGUGAUGACAUUGGGAGUGAAGAGGAUUUAUAUGAAGAUUUCCGAAGUUCAAGUCAUCGUUAUGGCCACCCAGGUGGUGGAGGAGAACAACUUGCUAUUAAUGAGCUCAUCAGUGAUGGUGGUGUGGUCUAUGCAGAAGCACUCUGGGAUCAUGUCACUAUGGAUGACCAAGAACUAGGUUUCAAGGCUGGCGAUGUUGUUGAAGUAAUGGAUGCUACUAACAAAGAAUGGUGGUGGGGCAGGAUAAUGGAGAAUGAAGGCUGGUUCCCAGCCAGCUUCAUACGGCUCCGAGUAAACCAGGAUGAACCAAUUGAAGACUAUCCUCUGAAGUUAGAAGACGGUCGGGAAGAAGAUGGAAGAAAUGCUGCUCAUCGCUAUGGAAUGGGGCAUACAACAAAGGAUCAAAUGAGAACCAAUGUUAUUAAUGAAAUUCUAAGCACAGAAAGAGAUUACAUCAAACACCUAAAAGACAUCUGUGAGGGCUAUAUAAAACAAUGCCGUAAACGAGCAGAUAUGUUCACUGAAGAACAGUUAAAGACUAUAUUUGGGAAUAUUGAGGAUAUCUACAAAUGCCAGAAAAAAUUUGUUAAAGCCCUGGAGAAGAAAUUCAACAAAGACUGCCCGCAUCUAAGUGAGGUUGGCUCCUGCUUCCUGGAAUAUCAAAAUGAGUUCCAGAUUUAUUCGGAGUACUGCAACAAUCACCCAAAUGCUUGCAUGGAACUUUCCCGGCUUACCAAAGUGAACAAAUACGUCUAUUUCUUCGAAGCAUGCCGGCUCCUUCAGAAGAUGAUUGAUAUCUCUCUGGAUGGUUUCCUCCUAACACCAGUGCAAAAAAUUUGCAAGUAUCCCCUACAGCUUGCAGAAUUGCUGAAAUAUACCAAUUCACAGCAUAGGGAUUUUAAAGAUGUUGAAGCUGCUUUGAAUGCCAUGAAAAAUGUAGCACGGCUCAUCAAUGAAAGGAAGAGGCGUUUGGAAAAUAUAGACAAAAUUGCUCAGUGGCAGAGCUCAAUAGAGGACUGGGAGGGUGAAGACGUCCUUGUUAAGAGUUCUGAACUCAUCUACUCUGGAGAGUUAACCAAAAUUUCCCAGCCUCAAGCAAAAAGCCAUCAAAGAAUGUUCUUCCUCUUUGAUCACCAACUUGUAUGCUGCAAGAAGGAUCUCCUACGUCGUGACAUCCUCUAUUAUAAGAGUCGGAUCAACAUGGAUCUUAUGGAGAUUCUGGAUGUGGAAGAUGGAAAGGAUAAAGAUUUUAAUAUUACUAUUAAAAACGCAUUCAAACUGUAUUGCCAGGACACUGAAGAAGUUCAUUUAUUCUGUGCAAAGAAACCAGAACAGAAGCAACGCUGGCUCAAGGCAUUUGAGAAUGAAAGGAAGCAAGUUCAGCUUGACCAGGAAACAGGUUUUUCCAUCACUGAAAUGCAGAAGAAACAAGCUAUGCUUAAUGCCAGCAAACAAAAUCAGAGUGGAAAGCCAAAAGUGAUCACUAGGACAUACUACGAUUUCUUGAUGCGCCAGAAACACCCUACUCUGCCUACAAACCUUCCCCAGCAGCAAGUCUUCAUGCUGGCAGAGCCCAAACGCAAACCUUCAAACUUCUGGCAGAAUAUCAGCAGGCUGGCACCGUUUCGAAAAUAA